UCAGAAAAAGGUGAAAUAGGGGAUACGACAACAACACAAAAAGGCGAAGGAACGAAAGCGAUAGAGAAGAAAAAUGUUUAUGUCCUUCCACAAGAAUACCGUCUUCCAAAAACUCUUGUGCCUUCGUCAUAUGAGCUCGUUCUCACAGUAUAUUUGCCGUUCUACGUGGAUAUUCCGAAAAGGAAAAAUCUGACAAUUGAUGCAGAAGUGACAAUCAAUAUGACCGUACGCAAACCAACCAAUACCAUAGUCCUCAACCAAGCAGGAAUUUCCAUAAUAAAAGAAAAAUGCAGUGCAACUUCAAAUGGCAAAGCUGUCGAUAUACAAGAGGUUGAUUUUGAUCACACUCACGGAAAGGUUAGCUUUCAUCUGCGAGAUAGUCUACCGAUGGGACGGGAAGUCAUGUUAAAGAUCCCGUACUCUGCGCCAAUAAACAAAGGAACCAAUGGACUUUACCAAAAUCUCUACCAGGACCGCAACAAAAAAACAAAGAUAGCAGCUGUAACACAAAUGGAGCCGACAAGUGCUCGAAAGAUGGUUCCUUGUUUUGAUGAGCCAGAGUAUAAGGCAAUUUGGAAAGUAAAGAUAAUACAUCCUAAAGGGACCACAGCGAUCUCAAAUGCGAGGAAAUUAGAUGUAAAAAGUAAACAAGGCGGAAAAUGGACAAUAUCUACGUUUGAGCCGACUCCUAUUAUGUCGUCGUAUCUUCUCGCUCUUUUAGUGUCUGAAUUUACAUAUAACGAGAUGCAAACAAACAGAGGAGUAAAAUUCCGUUUGUGGUCAGCUCCUGGUAGAGAAUCGCGAAGAGAGUACGGACUCAAAGUAGCUACUACUGUCAUGGAGUUCUUAGAAAAGUACUUUGGAGUGAAUGAUGUCAUGUCAAAGCAAGAUCUAGUCGCAUUAGAAAACUUUGACGCAGGCGCAAUGGAAAAUUGGGGAUUGAUUACUUUCAGAAAAUCCCACUUGCUAGAACCAUGGCAAAGGUCCCAUCAGGAUUUACCGCCAGAAUACAAUGUAUCGCAACGGGACUUCAAAAUAAUGCUGAAUCGAAGGCGAAGAAAAAUCGAGACUACUGUCGCACAUGAACUUGCACAUCAGGUUUUGCGAACUUCUACUUAA